UUUGAAGGCAAUACUUCUCACUUUUUGUGAGGAAAACUCAUGUCCAGUCUCCUUUCUUGAGUGAUAGUUUGUCUACCCCAAUUAAUGCACCCCAGAGAAGCCUUUCUUCUUGUCCUCAUUCCUCUACAUCUCCACCAUCAAUAAGCCUUUAAUUUCAUUCUCAGCUAUCUUAGCUUCAAAGCUCAAAUGCCUUCUCCAAUGUCCAAACAGCUUGGAGAUUUCCUCCAAGAACAGCAAGAGCCUUUCACAAUGGAGGGCUACCUUCAUGACAGAGGCUGCUACCCCAGAAGCAAUUCUGACCAGUUCUUGAAAGGAUCAACAACCUCUGCUACAAAAAAGAGAAGAAGAUCACUCCCAAGCUGUUCAAAGGUUGUCGGGGCUGUGUUUACCAGGAUUGUCCAAUCUGAGGCCAACCGGAAAUUCAAGAAUUGCUGGAGUAAUAGAAAUGGUCGAUCUGCUAAGGGCAAUUGUAAGCAGGAUUUAGCAGAGGAUGAUCAUUUCUCAUCUGCAAGUAGCUCUACUGUGUUCAAUUCUUGCUCGGAGAUUGAUGCAGAAGAAGAUGAAGGCUGCUGCAAACUACACCAGAAACAGGUUCUUGAAGACAGAAAGCAGCUCAGCCCUGUGUCAGUACUGGAAGAAACAGAAUCCUCAGAUGAUGAUGUCUCCCCAAUUCAUCAAAUACAAGAAACCUCAGACUCUCAAACAACAUUAGUGGGCUCUCAGUACGCCAGAAACAGAAAGGCCACACAACAAACAAAACAGCUGCUGUUUGACUGUGUGACUGAGGUGGUUGAGAGCCACAGAAGAAGAGACCAGAGGGGCCAACAGAUGGGGAGAAUCUUGGAUCCUGAGCAACUGUGGAACCUGAUAUGCGAGAAUAUAUGGGCGUGGAGCCAAGACCCCAUCGACGAAACCAAUGUCAACCAACUGGUGCGUUUUGAUUCUGAGGGAGAAUGGAGGGGGUUUCAGGGGGUGCAACAGGCACAAGAAAUUGGGGUGAUUAUUAGUGAGAUUAUGUUGGAGGAUAUUAGAGAUGAGAUUGUUAGAGAUUUGGUUAUUUCUUUUAAAUAGACUGAGUAAUAUACAAACAAGAUGUCAAGUUCUAUUUUCAUACUUUUAGUUUUCUUAUGUUUUACUCUGGCAUGCAUGAUUCAUUAUAGUUUUGUAGUAGUUAUGUGUUUAGUCAACCCAAGGCAUCUUCAUAGGUAUAAUGUCCAGAGGAAUAAAGAAGGACAAGAAAGGAGUUGAUUUUUCACUUCGAAUUCAUUUUACUAAAGAUUUGUCUUUUGUUCUAUAUCUGAAUAGAAAAAAAACAAUGAUUUCUCACUA